UGGGGAAAAGAAAAUGAAGCGGAGAAAUGAAAAGUGGAUGUGGAGUGUGUUGGAACGUAGAGAUAGGUAGGUAUUAGCGGGAGUGAUGAGUUUGUCAGGACAAAGCUCUCUCCUCCCCCGUAGGUGUAAGGAAGGUUAAAACGAUGUUCUGUGCAUCUCUUUUCCGGCAUCCCCUCACCUGGACCUGGAUCAGCUAUUCUACACUGCCGGUGCCGGUUAUAUCCCGGAAUCGAGCUGCGUCCCUACACUUCUCCCUCUCUGCAAACACUCCCGUCAGCAAUGACACUAGUGAUAACAUAACCCAACAUUCAAUCCGCCUGGACAGUCUCAGAGCGCUAGAAUGGGAUAAGCUUUGCGAUUCAGUUGCUUCCUUCGCGCGCACUUCUCUGGGGCGUCAAGCUAUCAAGGCCCAACUUUGGUCUUCGAACUGGACAUAUGAAGAAAGCCUUAGACUUUUGGAUGAGACUAAUGCGGCAGUAGAAAUGCACAAGCAUGGUGGCUGCAGCUUAGAUUUAAGUGGCGUCGACCUUAAUCUGGUGAAAUCGGCAAUAGAACAUGCUCAAAGGAGUCUGCCAAUGGAUGGAAAUGAAGCAAUAGCUAUUGCAGCUCUUCUACAGUUUGCUGAUAUAUUGCAAUUUAAUUUGAGAACAGCAAUCAAAGAAGAUGCUGAUUGGUCUACACGUUUUAUGCCUCUAACAAACGUGAUAAUGGGAAUGGUUGUAAAUCAAUCAUUGAUUAAACUGAUACUGAAUGCUGUAGAUGAAGAUGGCUCGGUUAAAGAUUCUGCGAGCUAUGCCUUAAGAGAAUCUCGAGGUCAAGUUCACAAGCUUGAAAAAAAGUUAUCUCAGUUAAUGGACACCCUAGUUAGGAAUGCAAAGAGUGGAACUUCCGUUUUGGUAGUGGAAAUUGUUGAUGGAAGGUGGUGUCUAAAAUCAGAGGGUGAUCAAUUAAUGGAUGUUAAGGGUCUCCUGUUGUCCAGUGAUACAGGGAUCGGUUCCAUCAUAGAGCCAAUCUCUGCCGUUCCUUUAAAUGAUGAGUUGCAACAAGCAAGGGCUUCAGUAGCAAAAGCUGAGGAAGAUGUUCUCUUUAUGCUAACUGAAAAAGUGAAAAUGGAUUUUGAAGAUAUUAGCAAACUCAUUGGCUGUAUAAUUGAAUUAGAUGUGGUCAAUGCUCGAGCAUCUUAUGGUCUUUCAUUUGGUGGGACAUGCCCCAAUUUAAUCCUACUAGAAGGCUGCAACUCUUCUAUUGCUAAUGUCUGCUUAUCAGGGGACCAAUCUGAGGCAUCACACUCGAAAAAGAAUGAAUGGGUCCUCUAUUUACAAAAUACCCAUCACCCUUUACUACUUCAGCAAUAUAGAGAAAAUUUGGAAAAUGCUAAGAGGGAUGUCAAAAAUGCUUUUAAUGAGGUGGGAAGAAAACUUCCCGGAGGGAAUAUGUCGUGGAAAGAAAAAGAAGUUGUAGAUAUUUCAUUAUUUAAAAUGAAGGUUGAACAAUUGGAGCAAGCUCAUCCUGUUUCGGUUGAUUUUUCAAUAUCUCGCAGAGUCCAAGUUUUAGUUAUCACGGGUCCUAAUACUGGGGGUAAGACUGUUUGUUUGAAGACCAUUGGAUUGGCAGCUAUGAUGGCAAAAUCAGGGCUUCAUGUUUUAGCUUCAGAGUCUGCACAAAUCCCUUGGUUUGAUUCUAUUUUUGCUGAUAUCGGUGAUGAACAGUCCCUUACCCAAUCUCUGUCCACCUUUUCUGGCCAUUUGAGAAAAAUAAGUGACAUACAGUCAGUUUCAACUAGUCAAUCGUUGGUACUAUUGGAUGAAGUUGGUGCAGGGACCAAUCCUCUGGAGGGAGCCGCACUUGGGAUGUCACUGCUGGAAUCUUUUGCUAAAUCUGGCGCUGCUUUGACAAUUGCAACAACACAUCAUGGAGAACUUAAAACCCUAAAAUAUAGCAAUGAGGUCUUUGAAAACGCAUGUAUGGAAUUUGAUGAGGUGAACCUAAAGCCAACUUACAAGAUUCUCUGGGGAGUACCAGGGCGUUCAAAUGCUAUAAAUAUAGCCGAAAGGUUAGGGUUGCCUAGUUCUGUUGUAGAUGAUGCUCGGGAACUUUAUGGUGCUGGAAGUGCACAGAUAGAUGAGGUCAUAACCGAUAUGGAAUGUAUAAAGAAAAAGUAUGGAGACCUCUUACAAGAAGCUCAAAAUAACUUGACGGAGUCAAAAAAUCUUUAUGAAAAGUUGUUGCUUGCUAGAAGAAACAUUAUUGAACACGGCAGACGACAGAGGCUUAGAAAAGUGCAAGAGGUAGCCAAGGCUGCAACAACCGCUCGUUCUAACCUUCACCAAAAAGGACGAGAACUACGUGCAUCGACAAUUGAGUACUCCCCGCCCUCUGCCAUUGGUAGGAGGCAACAUGCAGGAAUAAACUCUAAUAACCGAACUACAUCAGGCAAAAAGGAUUUGAUGGGAUUGCAUACGUCGCAUAUAUCUUCAACCAGUGACAUCAGUCAACCACAAUCAGAGGAGCCUGAGUUUCCCACUGUUGGCGAUACUGUAUAUGUUUCUUCCUUUGGAAAAAAAGCGACAGUUUUAGGUGUAGAGCCAUCAAAAGACGAAGUCAUUGUUCGAGUUGGUACCAUAAAGUUGAAGCUGAAGUUUACCGACAUAAUGCGAUAAUCAUCCAGAAGCCAUGCACAUGUUGGCGAGUGUAGUAAUCUAAAAUAUGUACCAACUUAGUUUCUCUAUUCUCUUUGCUAUUCAUGUUGCACACUGUUUUCUCCA